AGUCCUUUAUUUUCUCCUAGUUCUUUGAGUGAAUUUUGAACAAAAGCAAUUUGGGGUGUUUAAAUAUCACUUUUAUGAUUUGCAGCAGAGAUUGUCAGUAAGUUGUUGCAAAGUUUCUCCAGUAUGUAUGUAUACAUUCAUAUUUUCUGUGUAAAUCCAUGUUCUCCUAGGGCCCAGGCCAGUAGGAUGUGGUCCUAAGCACCUGCGAAGUCCGCGUAUACCUUGGAUUGGUCCUGACGAAGAACUUAAGAAUGCCUUGAAACAUUUCCUCAACAAAGGAUUAGAAGGAAAGUUGUUUGCUGUAAACUAUAAAUGAGAAAAGACGUUUAUACACUGGCUGCUGUAUAGUGUUACUGUUUAACCCUGCAUUAACUUGCAGGAUUACAUCAUUCAGACGCAGAGUUUUAUUAAAUGUAUAAAUCGAAGACCGAAGUAUCUCCAGCGGCUGAGCUGCUUGUAAACUCCUGCACAGCGGCUGUGAGGUUCAGGUAAGAAGCUCGCGGCUAUUAUUAGACAGUGACGUAAUGGCGCUGUUGGUGCAUCUCCUCCUCCGUGUUGCAUCGGCAGAAUCAGUACGGUUACAACGGAUUGCUGACGGUCCCUCCUUUUCCCACAUGGACCGGAACCAGGCGGAACCACGUGAUUCCAGAUCCCCUGACUGAGCCAGUUCAUCACACCGCAUCAUGGCUGCGGAGGAUGCGGCCACGCGGUGCUACCUCAGGUUCCCGCAGUCAUGCGGGACUCCGCUCUCUCCGUCCCGCUGUCUGUGGAUCCUGCUCUGCCUCUGCUGGCUGCUCCCCGGUCCUUCUCUCUGCUUGCUCGGCUUUCGUCCGGAGCGGACCGGAGCGGAGCUGUCCGUGGACGACGGGGUGCUGAAAGCCACGGAGGGGACUCGCUUCAUUCUGCGGGUGUACUACUCCACAUCCCCGCAGAGGCUCAAUCGCACAGCGGGGACUCGCGCCAACAAUGCCGCGCCCUGGAUCGCCUUCAUCGAGGAGCCAACUCCUGGCAGAGAGGGACAGGUCCAUCCUAAGAGGAACAUGUGCAUGGACAAGAACGCCAGGACAUCCGACAUCGAGGUUUUAGGUUCUUUUAAGUCUGCUUCCAGUCAGAACUCAGUGCUGGUCGAGCUACUGGCCAAGGACCUACGAAGGGGGGAGAAGAUUAAGUACUAUUCAAUGUGCGCUUUCGAUGGAUCCAAGUGGGAACACUACCGGACCAGAGACUUCUGGGUUGCCGUCACAGAGCGCUCUGCUGUGCCGGAGCUCUGGCUGCAAGUCCUGGUCUCCAUCCUCCUGCUCGGGUUGUCGGCUCUUUUCAGCGGACUGAACUUGAGCCUGUUGGCGCUGGACCCGGUGGAACUACAAGUCCUUCAGAACAGCGGCACCGACACGGAGCAGAGCUAUGCGCGGAAAAUCGAGUCUGUUCGUCGGCAUGGGAACUACGUCCUGUGCACACUGCUACUGGGGAAUGCGAUCAUCAACGCAUCUCUGGCAGUGUGGAUGUGCCAGAUCCUGGGGAUGACCUGGCUGUCCACGGUCAUUUGCGCAUUUGGCAUCUUCUUCAUCGGUGAGAUUCUUCCGCACUCAGCGGCUUCGCGUCACGGUCUGGCUAUCGCGGCCAAAACCAUCUGGGUGACGCGGCUGCUGAUGGUGCUCUCCUUCCCCAUUUCCUACCCCAUCAGCAAACUGCUGGAUCUCAUUCUCAACCAGGAGAUCUCAAACUUCUACACCAGAGAGAAACUCCUGGAGAUGCUGCGCGUCACAGACCCGUACCACGAUCUCGUCAAAGAGGAGCUGAACAUCAUCCAGGGAGCGCUGGAGCUGCGCACCAAGACCGUGGAGGACGUUCUGACGCCGCUGACCGACUGCUUUAUGUUGGCAUCGGACGUGAUGCUGGAUUUCAACACCAUGUCAGAGAUCAUGCAGAGUGGAUACACCAGGAUUCCGGUGUUCGAGAACGAGAGAUCCAACAUAGUGGACAUCCUGUUUGUCAAGGACUUGGCCUUCGUGGACCCGGACGACUGCACUCCGCUGAAAACCAUAACCCAGUUCUACAAGCACCCGCUGCACUGCGUCUUCAACGACACCAAGCUGGAUGCGAUGCUGGAGGAGUUUAAGAAAGGAAAGUCCCACCUUGCCAUUGUGCACCGGGUGAACAAUGAGGGCGAGGGCGACCCAUUCUAUGAGGUUAUGGGCAUUGUGACUUUGGAAGAUGUGAUUGAGGAAAUCAUCAAAUCAGAGAUUCUUGAUGAGACGGACCUCUACACUGAUAAUCGCACAAAACGGCGUGUUUCCCACCAUGAGAGAAAGCAGCAGGACUUUUCCAUCUUCAAGCUAUCGGAAAAUGAAAUGGAAGUCAAGAUUUCCCCCCAGCUUCUCCUGGCAACACAUCGCUUCCUCAUGACAGAGGUGGAACCCUUUAAACCUGCGCACAUCUCAGAGAAGAUCUUGCUGAGGCUGAUCAAACACCCCAGUGUGGUCCAGGAACUCAAAUUUGAUGAGAAGAACAAGCGAGCUCUGCAUCACUUCCUUUUCCAGCGCAACAGACCGGUGGACUACUUCAUCUUAGUUCUUCAGGGCCGAGUUGAGGUGGAGUUUGGUAAAGAAGCACUGAAGUUUGAGAACGGAGCUUUUUCUUACUUUGGGGUACCUGCCAUCAUGUCAACUGCCCACAGAUCGCCCUCUCACAGCAGUGGCUUGGAGCGCUCUGAAUCCAUGUUGUAUGCUGGAAGCAUGGGCCAGCUGAAUGGAGGGGGGAGCUUCUACCUGCCAGACUACUCUGUGAGGCAGCUCACUCCCCUGCAGAUCAUCAAGAUCACACGGAGCCACUACCAGAACGCACUAACAGCCACCAGGAUGGACAGCUCCCCCCAGACUCCUGAUGCUGAAACCCACCUGGCAGAGGCCAACACCCUGACCCCAGAUCCUUCAGCCACACACCACACUGCUACGCUCAUGCCCUUCGAGCCAACCACAGCCACCCUUCUUCCCCCACCCAGGGAGCCCAGUCGGCCCAGCUCUGCCCGGACAAGAGGACAGCAGUCCAGCGUCCCACACAGCACCUCUGUGCUGAAUGAGAAGAACCGUAUUGUCCGCAGUAAGUCUGACGGCCAGAAGAGUCCCAGUGAUUCCGUGUUUCUCAGGAUGGACGAGAUCCCAUACAUCAGAGAAGAUAGAUCAGAGAUGGAAACACACUCAGACAUGGCCUCUGUUCCCAUAGAAACAGACACAUCGCCUUUCAUCAGCAGCCUGUCACUGAGUGGCUCAGAGGACACACUGGGCAAGAAACUGCUGCUCAAACUUAGUCACAAGAAACGGAAAAAGUCCCGUGAAGGAGACAAGACCCCAGAGGACAUUUCAGAACAGCCACUAGUGAAAACCUAGCAGUGUCUGUAAAACAGAGCAGAAGACUCCAUGUGAAGACUACAACCAUCAGAGUUUUAUCUGAGACAUACUCCUCACACAUGCUCUGUUGGUGACUUAAAGUAAACCUACCAGGAAUGUGCUGCAGGAGUUGGUGAAUAACGUCACUUUUUAACUUCAGGUUGUGAAUUAGAAAUAGGCACUAAACCAUAGCUUCUCAUCUUUACCACUUCACAUUUUUCACAUCCAGCUCAAACACAGUGGGUAAAAUAAGUGUUGAACAAAUGAACUUUUUUUGUUUAAAUAUAUUUCUAAUCUUUCAGUUGACAUGACGUUCACACCAGAUGUCAGUAACAACCCAAGUCAGCCACGCAUACGGAACAAAUUAGUCCAUAAAUUAGAUUAUGUGUAAUGAAGUGGAAUACCGCUGGGCAAAGGAAACCAGCUCAAAUCUGUAUUUAAGAAGCAUUCCUGCUGCUGUGUGCAAACCAAUAUCAGCUGGUUUAAUAUUAACUGAUGGCCUAUAAAAAGGUUUUUUAUUACAAAAGGAUCGCACAGAGUGGUACAAUUGGUAAAAGCAAAGCAACCCUCACAAAAAAGUAUUACUGUUAGAAAAUAAUCUUAAUGUGGGAAACAUAAAAAUAGGAAUGGUUGAAGGUGCAUUUCCAAACUUCUGGAUAUUCCAGUAAGCUGUGAUAGACCCCGAAUUAUGAAGUGAAAAGACCAUUAUUUUAACAUAAACCAGCCAUCACCCGAUGCCCCACUUAAGGUUUCUGUAAGAAGAAUGAAAAGAUUGAAAAAACAGGUUGUCCAAGAGUCAAGGAGCACUUGCAGAGAACUUCAACAAAGAUCUGGAAGUAGCACGUUCUGUUAUUCCCAUGAAAACACUAAGUAAUGACCUCAGCUGCAGUGGCAUCAAUGCACAAGACUCUCCUGCUGAAGAAAAGGCCUGCUGAAGCUUGCUUAAAAAUUACUGCAAAAAUUUGGAUAAUCCAGCAAAAUGCUAAGGGUUCAUCCGUGGGUUUGACUCCUGGCCCAGUCGACAUUUGCUGCAUGUCUUCUUCCUUUCCCCACCCUUUUCCUGUCAGCUUACUCUUGAAUAAAAAAGGGAAAAAUAAGGCCCACUUGAGAAAAAAAAGUGAGCUUUUUGCAUGUCAUUGUACACACCAUAUUAGGAGGAAGAAUAGUAUCCCCACAUUAUUCCAAAGCACCAUGCUCAAAGGUAGGUUUUCAGCUGGGAACAUUAUACUGUGGACUGCAUAACAGCAUACGGCAUGUAAUUGUAAGGAACAAUGAAUGGAAAAAAGUACUGCAGUAUUCUUGAUAAAAAUCUGAAGAUGAAAUAAUUGUGGAUUUCCAAGCAAGACAAUAGCCCCAAACACACGUACAGGGACCGGAUGGCCCCUAAUAAAGGGCCCCCGAUUCUAUACUCCUGGAGCACCCCCACAGGGCAUCACGAGGGACACAGUCGAAUGCCUUCUCCAGGU